AUGGACUCGUAUGAUCCUAAAGCCUGGGCUGUUACCUCUAUUCAAGAUGAUUCGACAAGACUUCCUAUGCAAACUAUUGCCAAGAAUCAAAAUUCGGGGUCUAAAGACAUGCAACCCAACCGACUUGUGCCGAUUUUCCGUCCAUACAUCAAUGUCAAUGAUGUAUUACGGAUGAUGGAAAAGAUUGAUAACGGCGCUGGUAAGAGCAAGAGUAAGACCGCAGGGUCCUCCACAGUCUUACAAGAGAACACAUUGGGAGUUAUUAGCAUUGCAGUAGAAGGCUCGUGGAAUUCAUCCGCAUCGUAA